GAUGUUCAUUACCGGAGGAAGUUGUACGCAAAAUUCAUCAAGUAGAUCAACAAAGCUCAACACUUACUACAUCCGGUAUUACUGGCUUUUCGGCUCGUAUCCUCGAUAAGUCGGAAUAUAGAAUGGAAAAACGAGGAGCUGCUGGUACCGGUGAUAUUAUAGUUGUCCAGUUGGUAGAAAUUAUCAAAAAACCAGGACAAAGUCUUGGCUUAUACCUUCGAGAAGGUAACGGCACUGACAGGUCAUCAGGUGUAUUUGCAUCUCGUUUCGGAGAGAAUUCAGAAUUGGAGAAAUACGGUGAUAUUAUUCGUCCUGGCGACGAAAUCUUAUCAGUUAAUAACGUAGAUGUAUCUGCGAUGAGUAUUGAUGAUGUAGUUUUGGUACUUUCGAUACCACGUCGCCUCCUACUUAGGAUACGUUAUAUUAAAAACAAAAGGGAGAGGAUGACACAAUCACAAUCAAUGGUUACACGACCAGUAGUCGUUUUUCAGAGAACUGAUCAGGAGCAACAUGACGAUACACCUUCAUCUACCUUGCUAAAUCAUCCAACCUCAACCGCUAAUACAUGGCUUGGUAAGAAGGCUCGUCAACAGCAGGAAAUGGCUAAACGAUGCUCACAGCCAUCCUCUGCAUUAUCAUCUUCAGCAACAGCAACUUCUGGUGUGUCAUCAAUGAUGACGAUGAAUCUACGACAACAUUUUACUACUGCUCAUUCAUCUCGUCUCUUGAAUAGUCAAGCGGAAAAACUGGAAGAGACCGUUUCACGAACUGCUCGUGUGCCACCUCCUAAAUUAUUGCCUUCGACGGUACGUCGUGCUGACAGUUUCACCACUAAUGCUCAAUUACCCACCCAGAUGCUACCUUCAUAUACUUAUUCAAUGCCUCGAUCACUAGCCCAACGAUCUGUGCCUCUACCAUCUUUUCCUGGGCCAUCAACUGCUCCUGACUACCUCUCGGCAUCAUCUAGCUACGUUACUUUUCCGGGAAGUCUUGGUCUUUCACAGUUUCAUGUACCACUCGGUACAUCUCGUCCACUGCCUAUCAAUCAACGUUCGCUCAGUGAUGUAGCUGGCUAUGCUAUGCAUCAUUCCCUUUGCUCUCCUCCAGGAGCUAUGGAUCCGAGGUAUAUGUUUCGCGGUCAAUCAGCUUGGCAUCCAGUUGAUCUAUCAGAUAGAAGUAACUCAUUACCACGUCGAUGUGCCGUCUCAGGUACCGCACCACGGACAGUAAAAUGGCGAAAUGAUGUCAUCGAUGGCGCAAAUGCUCGAAUGCGUCUCGGUGGUAAUAAUAUUAGUGGGCAGUAUGGUCGAACUAUCGAUGAUAUAUUCUCGGCGCAAGAAUAUCGUAAUUGGGCAUGUAUCGAUACGGGAAUUAGACCACAGGAAAGGCAAUCAAGAUGGUCACAUACAUACGGUGAAAAACCCGGUGCUUCAAUUCGAAGUUCUUCCCUUCCUUCCAGAGCUCUGUUAACCGCUACAAAUAGAUUCUCGCUUGGUCAUGAACGAGGUGAUCUGUUAGAUAGGUUACAUGUAUCUCCAUUGAUGAAUAGAAGGGUACCACUAAGGGUGGCUGGACCAGGCUUUGAUGUUGAUACUGCAUUAGAUGUCACUUCACUUACUGGAAUUCUUGUUAUACAGAUUAUCGAAGGAAGAGGAUUGAAAAUGCCGGAAAAGCAAAAAGCAUUCACCGAAGAAAUGUAUUGCGUGUUGGAGGUGAACGAAACACAUCGUGCUAGGACAGGUGUUUCCACAGCUGAGCAGAAAUUUCGAUGGCGUGAAACGUUUGAAAUUGACGUGCAGCAUGCUACUCAUAUUAAUUUUUUCGUGUAUUCUUGGCAUCCACAAUACAGGCAUAAAUUGUGCCAUAAGGGAUCGUUGAAGCUAUUGGAAGCAUUUGUAGUGGAUCGCUUAAAUGGAAAUAGAAUGUUUGCAUUGAAUUUGGAGCCGAAAGGUCAACUAAUUGUCAAGAUUGCUUAUCAUAAUGCUGCUGUAGCAUUUCGAAGGAUCGUUAAUUGCAGACAUGACGGAUUAUUUGGAAUACCUUUGCAACAAUUGGUUGAAAGAGAAGGACGCGAAACACCCCUGGUACUUUCUCGUCUUUUACAGGAAAUUGAACAUCGUGGUGUUGAUUACUCUGGUCUCUAUAUAUUAUGUGGAUCAUUGGAGAAGAAACGUAUGUUACGUGAGGAGCUGGAAUUAAAUGUAGAACGAGCACGGUUGAGCGUGGAAGCAGUUCCUGAUACUAACGUAUUAGCAUGUUUGGUAAAAGAUUUUUUGCGUGAAUUACCAGAACCAUUGAUAUCAAUUUCAAUUUAUAGCAUGAUUGUUGAAGCAUUUUCCGUUGCACUGCCCAACGAUCCGCGAGGAAAUCGCCGUUUAUUACUUAGAGUUAUCGAUUGUCUGCCUACACCCAAUAAGAAUACACUGAUACAAAUAAUGGAUCAUCUAAAGACGGUAAUGAGUUCGGAACAGCAUAAUGGUAUCACUACCGCACGUUUGACGGGUAUUUUUGGUUGUUUGCUUUUCUGUUCCUGUAAUGCACCAGUAGAAAGUGAUAAUACUCAAGGUAGCAGUGGUACUUAUCCACCAAAGACUGUCAUCAAUCCGUUAGACACGGACCAGGCAACUCGAACACUUCGUUUGUUGAUUGACAUAUGGCCAAGCCGAGUUAAUGGCAGUGAGAGUAGUGGUUCCGGUUCUGCUAGCAGUAGUACAGAUGUGACAAGCGCCAUAAAUCCGGUAUCUGAAUCUCAAUGUUGA